AUUCACUUGCGGCUUUCGUCAAUGUCCAGCUGCCGAAAGUUGGCCCCAGCGGCCUUGGCGCUUGCGCUGAUUUGGCAAGGCAUACGAUUCCUCUCAUGGCCACGGCACGCUGGGGCAAAGGCGGUGAAUUCCGUGGUGCUGGUCCGCGCCAUGGACCUGUGGCGCCCCUGGGCACGGACCCACGGAAGUGGCUUCCUGUGGGAGGGUGGCCUCAUCGUCACCAACAGCCACGUGGUCACGAAGAGCACGUUGGUCUCCGUGCACUUUUCGGACGGCAGCUCCUGCCGCGCUCGGACGCUGGCGCGCGCCAGCCGCUGUGACCUGGCGCUUCUGCGGCCAGUGACGGACAGUUGCUCUAGUCCCAGCGGCGAUUUCCAGCUUCCAAAACCGUUGCGGCUUGCCCAGUCUUCGCCGCAGUUGGGGGAUGAGGUUUAUGCCAUUGGCCAUCCGGGAACCUGGGCAUGGUUAGUCGGUGUCGGCUCCGUCACCGGCCUUGGAAGACAAAGCUCUCGAGCCGUGCAGAAGUGGCAGGUGUUGCAAGACUUCCAGAGGCACUGCGCCGUUAACGGCAUGCUCUUCGCCUCAGUGCCGGCCGGGCCCGGCAGCAGCGGGGGGCCUUUGCUCAACCGCCGCGGGGAAGUGGUGGGGGUGACCACCUGGCAGUUCCGCAGCACACCGCUGGUCACCGCGGCGGUGAGCGCGCAGACGUUGCACCAGGUGCUGCCGCAGCUGAGGAGCGAGGGCCACUUCCAGGAGCGAUCCAUAGGGCUUGAGGGGCGCCUGGGCGCUGCAAGGCUGCAGCUGCCGGCGAAGACGAAUGCGGAGCUGGGAAUCGGCACGAGUGGCGUCAGGCUAUGGUUGCCUGCUUCUUCCAAUGCCAGCGUUGCUGGCCUUCGAUGGCUGGAUGAAAUCCUGGCCGUAGACAACCACCCGGUCACCUCCGUGGCGGACGUGUUGGAAGCCGUGCAGGAGGCUCGCCUCGGCGACCAACUGCAACUGCGCCUGAAGCGCCCAGGGCGCCCAGUGCGAGACGUGGUGCUGAACGUGACCGCAUCUCGCCGCCGCAAGGCGCGGGGCCGGCGGGCCAUGCGCGUGGCGCUGCGCUCACUCGUGGCGGGCCGGAUCCUGUGGGGUGCCUAUGACUCCAUCCGGACACUGCAGAAGGACUCGGGCGCUGUCCUCACGGCUCUGCGAGAGCUCUCAGAGUCGGGGCUGAACCAGAGCAACUGGGCAGAUGGGCAGACUCAGAUGCUGUUGGCUGCCGCCCGCUACAUGUUCAGUUCGGUGGCGCCCACCAACGUGUGCCUUCCAGCACGUGGCAGCAGCAAGUGCGUAGUGCACAGCGGCUCCACCUCGAAGACUUGGAAAAACGUCAAGAGCUUCGAGCUCUGCCGACUGCGCUGCAACUUCUUGCCGGCGGACACGUCCUCUUUCUGCUGCAUGCACCUGCCGGACAAGAACACGUGCCACAUGUUUUGGGGCAGCAAUGGCACGGAGCCCGGCGCUGGCACCGCGGCGGUGUGCCGGCCCAUGCCGGUGAUGCGCACGGCGCAGGAGCUGGGCCUCUUUGUGCGCUUGGCUUUGGCCAUUCUGCGGGACUAGGAUUCCGCGGCAGAUGUGAAGCGCGGCGUUGACAGCAGCCAACCCUCA